GUCAUUCAAGUCAUCUGUUACGUGAUUCAUAGCCUCUUCAAAUACUUUUUCCUCAGUUUAUAUUGGUUCAUCCUGUGUUUAGUCUUCAUUAUCACCUCUCCCUUGUUGAUUAUCCUGGAGAUUAGCAAGUCCCUCUUCGGAUGGGAAGCGCUAGAUGUGAUUCUGGGCAAUGCCAACAAGUGUCAUCAAUCCAUUUUGGCAAUCUUUGGCAAAGGGGAAUUGGCAAAGACGGAAGACGAUCAUGCAAAAGUAUGUAAAGAAAUUCUUGACGUGAAAACUGAAGUUAAACCAGUUGCUAUCAAAGGAGACAGGAGCAAGUCAGUUCUGUUCGAUGGUUGCAUUUUGGCCAAAGAGCUUAGGGACUUGAAAACAUCAGAUGAGGGAACAGAAGUAGAUAAAUGGAAGAUAAUGAGCAAAGUGUGGGUGGAACUGCUAUCCUAUGCUGCCAUUCAUUGCAGAGCAAGCGCUCAUGCACAACAACUUAGCAAAGGGGGAGAGCUCAUCACUUUUGUGUGGCUGUUGAUGGCUCACUUUGGCUUGGGAGAUCAAUUUCAGAUAAGUGAAGGACAUGCCAGGGCUAAACUGAUUGUGGGGAAGUAGCUCAAAUGCUCAAUAUGCACUCUACUCUCCACUCUCUAGUCUGUCCAGUUAAUACUACUUUGUUUUGAUUUGCACGUUCGUUAUCUGUUGUACUGCCUUUUUUUUUUUUAAGUUGCUGCAAUAAGUUUUAAGUUUGCUAAAUCUUUCCUCAAAGAAGAAAUGCAUAAGUUGAUCUUGAACUUUGCUCUUA